AUGAUUUUCUUUCUUUUUAACUUGAACCUCUUAAUUUUAUUUUUAUUUAUUAAUAUUCUAAAUUCAUUGCCUUUUCGAGAGCACCAAAGUGCAAGAAGUGUUGAUAACGAGUUUGUAGAUAAUAAUGAUGUUGAUUAUGGCAUUUUGCAUAUUUUUCAUGAACAAAAACCUGAAGGUGAGAGCACUACAGACAAACCCUUUCCAGCUUUUGAUUUUAUGAAUAAUGUUAAAAAUGAAAAUAAUCAACAAUCUAAAGUUUUUUUUGAUUUUAAAUUUCAAAAAAAUUUUCCAAAGGAAAAACCAAAACAUUUAAAUAAUUGUACUACUCAAGUACAAAUAAUUGAUAAAUUACUUAAUGGAACAGGCUACAAUAAAUAUAGAAUACCUGCUGAGAAUGGUGUUGAUGUUGGUAUUGAAUUUUGGAUUCAAGCAAUAACAGAAAUUAAUGAAAUUACAAACGAUUUUGAAAUGGAUAUUUAUAUUAAUGAACAUAUGAGUCCCUGUAAACAAAAUUUAACACUUAGCCAUCAAGUUUUGGAAAAGCUUUGGUCUCCAAAUUCUUGUUUUAUUAAUUCCAAAGUUGCUCAAAUACAUAAUUCUCCUUUCCAAAAUAUAUUUUUAAUGUUAUAUCCAAAUGGGACCCUUUGGGUCAAUUAUCGUGUUAGAAUUAAAGGCCCUUGUGCAAUGGAUUUAACCAAUUUUCCAAUGGAUAUCCAAACUUGCCAUUUAAUUUAUGAAAGUUUUAAUUAUAAUAACCAAGAAGUUCGUAUGCGUUGGAAUCCGGCAAAUCCCAACCCUGUUUACCCUAUUGGAAAUAUUUUAUUACCCGAUUUUAAUCUUAUGAAUAUACAAACUACUUUAGUUGUUGAGCCUUAUCCUGCAGGAAUGAUGAAUUACAUGUUAAAUUGUCUUUUGAAAGGGUAUAUUUGGUAUUUUCUACAAGCUUAUGUGCCUACUUAUUUAACUAUAUUUAUAAGUUGGGUAUCGUUUAGUCUUGGACCCAAAGCAAUUCCUGCAAGAACUAUGCUCGGAGUCAACGCGCUUUUGGCAAUGAUUUUUCAAUUUGGCAAUAUUAUGAGGCAAAAUCAUUUUUUAAGAAAUUUAAUUUAA